CCAAAACUACAAAAGUGUUAAGAGCAAAGACGUAGAGUGCAGGCUAUGCAGCCGCUCCCGCAGGGAUUUUAUUGAUUGUUCCUAAAAAAGCACGUACUGCUGCAACGCAUCGUAGGCCAUAGUAACUAUGUCUCUACCAUUUUCCGGCUCGAAAUCAAAGUCUGCGGGUUUGGUGAGUGCGAUAAGGAAACAGACGCUAUUGUUGAACCUUAAGCCCGUGAAAAAAGUGUUGGUCAAGUUCGAUCCUUUUAGCCAAAAUUCUGCCACAGCCAGAAAUUUCAUGUACUAUUUACUAUCACCCAAAGUAAUCAGAACAAAUCCUCAGUGUUUGGUGAGAAACGAAGUUGUUAAUGAUAGAAGUGAAUCAACAGUUGAUGUUUCCUUAGUGAAUGGUGAAUCAGUGUUAUUUAAAUGCCAAAAUUUAACUAUUUUGGAAAUUUUUCAACAGUUCAACAAACAUAUAACUCCCUUAGCACCUAAAGAAGAAGUGACUGAAGUUCUUGUGACCAAGACUGAUAAGAAAAAAGGAGGAAAACGGUAAGAAUGGCCAAAAAAGAACAUUAUACUACAACAAUUAUCAAUGGAUUCUAUAAUCAAUUACCAGCUUUCUCAGAUGUGUUUGAUGAAGAAUCGUGGUAUUUAUUUGUAAUAUGUUUUGUGACAUUCACGUUAAUAGUUGUUUAUAUUUUAUCAAAGUUCAUUAAAUUACAACCUGUAGAUUGGUGAUAAAUAAUAUUUUUAGAAUUAGUUAUUUAAAUCAAAUUAUUUCAUUAUGUAAAAUCUUGUAAUUUAUAAUAUUUUUAAAUAAAGAAUGCAUUUUGAAACUAAAAA